AGCGGAGCUCAUUACUCAACCUCUGCUUCACAGUUCACACUUCACACCACCACCAAGCGGUUAUAAAUACAGACACGAAACGAAACCAACACACAGCCUCGCCAUCAAUUCCGUCGCUUCAGUUACACAGAUCCAUAAAAGCAAACCACCCCCAAAAUCCACCCUCCGGCCUCAAAGCAAUGGCUUCCACCACGGCGGCGGCGAUGAUAGCAGCAGUCCUCCUUCUCCUCGCCACCGCAACCACCGUCACCGAAGCACAGGGCGGCGGCACCAACACCCCGUCGUGCGCGUCGAAGCUGAUCCCCUGCGCAAAUUACAUCAGCAACACCUCCGUCACUCCGCCGGCGAGCUGCUGCGAUCCGAUCAAGGAAGCCGUGAGGACGGAGCUGCCUUGCCUCUGCAACCUCUACAACACUCCCGGGCUCCUUGCUUCCUUCGGGAUCAAUGUCACCCAGGCCUUAGGUCUCACCACGCGCUGCGGGAUCAGCGCCGAUACCAGCUCUUGCAGCAAAGUUACGACCGGAGGAGCAGGUUCCCCUACGGCCAGCGCUGUUCCAUCGCCACCAGCAGGGUCGAACUCGAACAACGGGAGCAGGAUGAUGGCAUGGACUGGAUUCUGGAGCUUUGGCUUGAUAUGGGUUGCAUCGUUGUUGUUUUAGAGACAUUAUAAUUGUCUAGUGUUUGUGACAUUUGUAGAGGAGAGGGUGGGGAUUGUGACAUUGUUUGUGGAUUAAGGAUUAUGCAGGGAGAGAGAGGGGGAGAGAGUAAUUAAGUUGUUGGGUUUAUGUUAAGGUACUGUGGUCUGUGGCUAAUAGUGUCAAGGAUGUUGUUUGUUGAGUCUUAGUUAUCAUUUGAUGCUUCAAAGUAUUGCUGUUUCAUUCUUGUCCCUCGUAUUGUCGUCCUUUUCUUCUUCAGUACAACAUUCAUUUCCUUGAUAUUGGGGGUGUCGUUCCAAUUUUAUCAUAUAUCUCCAAGGAAAGACAUUGAGG